AUGUCCGCACAUCCUCAGGGAGGUCAUUACGACGACGGCUACGGCCACCAAGGCCAGGACGCCUAUUAUCAAGACGAUCAACAAUACGGCCACUACCACGACCAUAAUAAUCAACAGGGCGACAAUUACUAUGAUGACUCCGCUUACUACAAUGACAAUCGGGGCCAGUAUCAGGACGCUUACUAUGAUGAUCGUGGCCAACAGGGCUACCAAGACGACUAUUACAGCGAUCAAUAUUAUGACCAGAACGGGGCCCAAGGCGGCUAUAGCCAAGGCGGCUACGGGUCGAGGCCUCGCAGGAAUGAUUCGGAAGAAGACUCCGAAAAUUUCAGCGAUUUCACGAUGCAGUCCGAUAUUGGUCGCGCCGCUGAGAUGGACUACUACCGAAGUGAUGAGAGGUACAAUAGUUACGGUGACGGUAUGAACCGCGGAUACCGGCCCCCUUCGUCCCAGGUAUCUUAUGGCGGGAACCGAUCAUCGGGUGCAUCUACCCCCAUCUACGGAAUGGACUAUGCCAAUCCGCUUCCCGCCGGUCAGAGGUCCAAGGAGCCCUAUCCUGCCUGGACUUCGGAACAGCAGAUCCCGUGCACCAAGGAGGAGAUUGAGGAUAUAUUCCUGGAUUUGACUGCCAAGUUCGGUUUCCAGCGAGACAGCAUGCGCAACAUGUACGACCAUCUAAUGACUCUUUUGGAUUCGCGCGCGUCUCGCAUGUCGCCCAAUCAGGCUCUCCUGUCCCUUCACGCCGACUACAUUGGCGGCGAGAAUGCAAAUUACCGCCGCUGGUACUUUGCCGCCCAUCUCGAUCUUGAUGAUGCGGUUGGUUUCGCCAACAUGAAGCUGGGAAAGGCCAACAGAAGGACCAAGAAAGCGCGAAAGGCCGCCAAGAAGAAGGCUGGAGAGAACCCCGAGAAUGAGGCCGAGACCCUGGACGCAUAUGAAGGGGACAACAGCCUCGAGGCUGCAGAAUACCGUUGGAAGACGCGGAUGAACCGCAUGUCGCAGCUCGACCGUGUCCGUCAAAUCGCCCUUUACCUGCUUUGCUGGGGUGAAGCGAAUCAGGUCCGAUUUAUGCCAGAGUGUCUCUGCUUCAUCUUCAAGUGCGCCGACGAUUACUUGAACUCCCUGGACCCUAACCAACCCAUGCAACCUGUCCCGGAGUUUACGUAUCUGAACGACAUCAUUACGCCACUCUAUCAAUUCUGUCGCGACCAGGGUUAUGAGAUUCAAAACGGCAAAUACGUUCGUCGUGAACGGGACCACGCCGACAUCAUUGGCUACGACGACAUCAACCAACUCUUCUGGUAUCCAGAGGGCAUUGAGCGAAUCGUCAUGGAGGACAAGUCCCGCCUCGUGGAUCUGAAACCUCAUGAGCGGUAUCAUAAGCUCAAGGAUGUGGUAUGGAAAAAGGUCUUCUUCAAAACGUACUAUGAACGCCGCUCGUGGUUCCACAUGCUCGUCAACUUCAACCGUAUCUGGGUCAUCCACGUCUCCACCUUCUGGUUCUACACCGCUUACAACUCGCAACCCAUCUAUACCAAGAACUACCAGCAGCAGCUCGACAAUCGACCGCCCAAAGCCGCGACACUCUCGGCCGUCGCCUUGGGUGGGAGCAUUGCCUCAUUGAUCAUGGUGUUAGCCACACUUGCGGAAUGGGCCUACGUUCCUCGUAAGUGGGCGGGAGCGCAGCACUUGACCAAGCGUUUACUCUUCCUCCUUGCUGUACUCGCCGUCAACGCCGCUCCCAGCGUUUACAUCUUUGGCUUGGACAAACAGACUGGUAAAAUCCCUGACAUUUUGGGCAUUGUCCAAUUCAUAAUCGCCCUGAUCACCGUGGUAUUCUUCUCCGUCAUGCCGCUUGGAGGUCUCUUCGGCAGCUAUCUGACCCGCAACUCGCGACGGUAUGUUGCCAGCCAAACCUUCACAGCCAGUUAUCCUCGUCUCCACGGCAACGACAUGUGGAUGUCCUAUGGUCUAUGGGUCUGUGUCUUCGUCGCGAAGAUGGUUGAAUCCUACUACUUCCUGGCUCUUUCGAUGAAGGACCCGACCCGUAUUCUCUCGCACAUGAAGAAACCUGAUUGCCUGGGAGAUGCCCUCCUCAAGAAUUACCUUUGCCAGUAUCAGCCGAAGAUUCUGCUGGGCCUAAUGUUCUUCACCGAUCUCAUCCUCUUCUUUUUGGACACGUACCUGUGGUACAUCAUCUUCAACAUGUUGUUCUCGGUUGCACGGUCGUUCUACCUGGGUGUCUCCAUCUGGACCCCUUGGAGGAAUAUCUUUUCGCGCUUGCCGAAGCGUAUCUACUCCAAGGUGCUUGCGACAACCGACAUGGAGAUCAAGUACAAGCCAAAAGUCCUCAUCUCUCAAAUCUGGAACGCCAUUGUCAUCUCCAUGUACCGCGAACACCUUCUCGCCAUCGAUCAUGUUCAGAAGCUCCUGUAUCACCAGGUUCCAUCCGAGCAGGAGGGUAAGCGGACUCUCCGAGCGCCCACGUUCUUCGUCUCUCAGGAGGACCAUUCCUUCAAAACGGAAUUCUUCCCGGCCCAAAGUGAAGCGGAACGUCGUAUCUCUUUCUUCGCUCAGUCUCUUUCCACGCCGAUUCCGGAGCCUCUGCCGGUGGACAACAUGCCAACCUUCACUGUCCUGAUUCCCCAUUAUAGUGAGAAGAUUCUGUUGUCGCUCAGGGAGAUCAUUCGUGAGGACGAGCCCUACUCGCGCGUGACAUUGCUCGAGUAUCUCAAGCAGUUGCAUCCGCAUGAAUGGGAUUGCUUUGUUAAGGACACUAAGAUCCUGGCUGACGAAACGUCCCAAUUCAAUGGCGACUACGAGAAAUCCGAAAAGGACACGGCCAAGAGCAAGAUCGACGAUCUCCCCUUCUACUGCAUUGGCUUCAAGUCUGCCGCGCCGGAGUACACGCUUCGCACCCGUAUCUGGGCUUCCCUUCGCUCGCAGACUCUGUACCGCACCAUCUCGGGCUUCAUGAACUACAGCCGCGCCAUCAAGCUUCUCUACCGUGUGGAGAACCCUGAAGUGGUGCAAAUGUUUGGCGGCAAUUCGGACAAGCUCGAACGCGAAUUGGAGCGUAUGGCUAGGCGCAAGUACAAGAUCUGUGUCUCCAUGCAGCGUUACGCCAAGUUCACGAAGGAGGAACGUGAAAACACGGAGUUCUUGCUACGUGCUUAUCCCGACCUUCAAAUUGCCUAUCUGGACGAGGAGCCGCCCGAGAACGAAGGCGAUGAACCCCGUAUCUAUUCCGCUCUCAUCGAUGGUCACUCCGAUCUCAUGGAGAACGGUAUGCGCAAACCCAAAUUCAGGGUGCAGCUCUCUGGUAAUCCUAUCCUCGGCGACGGCAAGUCCGAUAACCAGAACCAUAGCAUCAUCUUCUACCGUGGCGAAUACAUCCAGCUCAUUGAUGCCAACCAGGACAACUAUCUGGAGGAGUGUUUGAAGAUCCGCAGUGUACUCGCUGAAUUUGAAGAAUUGACAACGGACAACGUCUCCCCUUACACCCCUGGUAUCGAGGUCCCGAAAUUCAAUCCCGUGGCAAUUCUCGGUGCGCGCGAGUAUAUCUUCUCCGAGAAUAUUGGUAUCCUCGGCGACGUUGCUGCUGGAAAGGAACAGACGUUUGGUACCAUGUUUGCCCGUACUCUUGCUCAGAUCGGUGGAAAACUCCAUUACGGCCAUCCCGAUUUCCUUAAUGGCAUCUUCAUGACCACACGUGGCGGGGUCUCCAAAGCACAGAAGGGUCUGCAUCUGAACGAAGACAUCUACGCUGGAAUGACCGCGCUGCUGCGAGGUGGCCGGAUUAAGCAUUGUGAGUACUAUCAAUGCGGCAAGGGUCGUGAUCUUGGUUUCGGCUCCGUCUUGAACUUCACCACCAAGAUUGGUACGGGUAUGGGCGAGCAAAUGCUCUCUCGUGAGUACUAUUACCUUGGUACCCAGCUCCCCUUGGACCGCUUCCUGUCGUUCUACUAUGCUCAUCCGGGUUUCCACCUCAACAACUUGUUCAUCAUGUUGUCGGUGCAGUCCUUCAUGUUUGUGCUCAUCAAUUUGGGAGCACUGAAACACGAGAGCAUCAUCUGCCGAUUCAACAAAGAUACCCCAAUCACUGAUCCUCAGUGGCCGAACGGUUGCGCGAACUUGGUCCCGGUCUUUGAUUGGGUCGCCCGUUGCAUCAUGUCAAUCUUCAUUGUCUUCUUCAUCUCCUUCAUACCGCUGAUCGUACAGGAGUUGACCGAACGCGGCGUCUGGCGUGCCGCAACCCGUCUUGCUAAACACUUCGGGUCUCUCUCUCCGUUUUUCGAGGUCUUCGUCUGCCAGAUCUAUGCCAAUGCGCUCCACACAGAUCUGUCCUUCGGUGGCGCUCGUUAUAUCGGUACCGGUCGUGGGUUCGCUACCGCCCGCAUCCCCUUCGGCAUCCUCUACUCGCGGUUCGCCGGCCCAUCAAUCUACCUGGGUGCCCGAUCGCUCAUGAUGCUGCUCUUUGCCACGUGCACCGUCUGGGGUGCCUGGUUGAUCUACUUCUGGGCGUCCCUGUUGGCUCUCUGCGUGUGCCCGUUCCUGUUCAAUCCUCACCAGUUCUCAUGGGACGAUUUCUUCAUUGAUUAUCGCGAGUAUCUUCGCUGGUUGUCGCGUGGCAACACGCGCUCCCACAGCGCGUCCUGGAUUGGAUACUGUCGGCUGUCCCGCACGCGCAUCACCGGAUACAAGCGCAAGGCUCUCGGAGACCCCUCGUCCAAGUUGUCUGGAGAUGUUCCUCGAGCACAUAUUGGUAACAUCGUAUUCAGCGAGAUCAUCGGUCCGCUCGUGCUCGUUGCCAUCACGCUUAUCCCAUACCUGUUCAUCAAUGCUCAGACAGGUGUCCAGAAAAGCCAAUUCCCAGAACUGGACAAGGAGGGUGCCCCCAGCCGGGACCAUCUCAACCCGACCAACUCCUUGAUUCGAGUCGCACUCGUUGCAUUCGGGCCCAUCGCCGUCAACGCUGGUGUCCUCCUCGGUCUCUUCGCCAUGGCUUGUUGUAUGGGUCCUCUCCUGAGCAUGUGCUGCAAGAAAUUCGGUGCUGUCUUGGCUGCCAUCGCUCAUGCCGUUGCUGUCAUCAUGCUGCUUGCUUUCUUCGAAGUGAUGAUGUUCUUGGAAGGCUUCAAUUUCGUCAGGGCGCUCUCCGGCAUGAUUGCCGUUGUUGCCCUUCAGCGGUUCUUCUUCAAGCUCAUCAUUUCGCUGGCUCUUACAAGAGAAUUCAAGGCCGACACGUCCAACAUAGCAUGGUGGACCGGCAAGUGGUACACGAUGGGUUGGCAUACGGUCUCUCAGCCCGGCCGCGAGUUCCUUUGCAAGAUCACCGAGCUUGGCAUGUUUGCGGCCGAUUUUAUCUUGGGACACUUUAUCCUGUUCAUUAUGCUGCCGUUCCUCUUGGUCCCUUAUAUGGACAAGUUCCACUCGGUCGCGCUCUUCUGGCUCCGCCCAAGUCGUCAAAUCAGGCCCCCGAUUUAUUCUUUGAAGCAGACCAAGCUGCGAAGGCGGCGAGUGAUCCGCUAUUCGAUCCUCUACUUUGUCCUCCUCGUCGUCUUCGUUGCCCUGAUCGUCGGCCCUGUCGUGGCGGGCAAAUACCUCAAGCUCAACAUGAGCAUUCCCAUGGACCUCCUGCAACCCGUCGGUCUCAACAACAACGACACCACGGCGGAGGUCACUGGUACCUGUGUCCUUGGCGCGUGUCCUGGUCCAGGGGGCGGUGGAGACACUGAAAGCGAGCAGAAUGCGGAAAGGCUUCGUCGCCUUGCUCGCUUUGUGGCAUUUUAG